GGCCGGGAGGGUCGUGGCACCCAGCGGGUCUCCAAACCGUCGGUGUAACAAAAGUAGCGGCGCCUCGGCUCCCGAUGCCGCCUUGCUCUUGGGGUUGCGGAGGGUUGCUCCAAGACCUCCUGUGCUAGCUGCUGGGCAGUGGCAUAGGGCCCGCCUCUCUGCCCGAAUGCUGGACAUAUCUUCCUACCAAAAGUGCCCCUGGGCAGUGAGAGGCCGCCACCCACACCGAGAAGUGGUAUUUCUGUGUUGCAGCAGCAGGCCACCCUUCCCAGACCCGGGACUCCAUUCUGGUCCAAGCAGACUGCUGCAAUUCAGGAUAAGUGGCAGGAAGAGUGAGGGUUCCAUGGCCCAGGAAUCCAUAGUAAAGAGUAGACUCCCCAGUCUUGGUGGCUUCUCUGUCUCCGAAUCCAUGACCACCCUCGCAGGCAGCAGUUGGGACACAUCUCACCCCUCCCCAUCUUGAUCACCUUGAUCCGUGGUGGAUCAUUGGCCAACUCUGAGGCACAGCGCUGUGAGGAAGAAGCUGCUGCAGGACAGAGAGCCAAAAAAAUAACUUCCUUUUCUACGCUGCCACCCUGACCAUUGACUGCAAUUUGCCUAACAAUGGCAUAGAGGUUAGGGUGGGGACCUGGAAUCAGUCCGGUUCUCAGUUGAAGUCAUUUGUUAGGAAGUGGAGUGAAGUACGGGGCAAGUCCUUCAAUGACAACAUUAUUAGACUUGUUUACUCUUCAUAUUAGUUCUGCUGGGUAGACGACUAGUCAAUAGCAGGACUGGGUUUCAUAAACUCCAGAUAGUGUCACUUCAUUAGGCUCACACUGCCUUUCUUACCUUUUUGUCCCAGCUUAUAUCGAUAGGUCUGACCCUUGUUGUCCUCUGCUGACAUCCAAAAUAAUUACCAAGCAAAUUGGGGCAGGACAGGGGUACAGCUUGCCUACCAUUCACAAUAAAUAAACUGCCAAACUGGACAGUAGACAUUUGGCUUCUGCCCUUUUAGGCCCUUGGCCUUGGUAUCGCUGAAAGCACCUACCCCUCCUUCCUUUCUGUCCUGCCAGUUUCAGAGACUUAUUUGUCUCUGAAGCAGGUCUGUUUGGACCCUCAACCUUGCCGACACAGUCCCUUCCUCCCACUGAUUCUCUCAGCCCUCUCUAAGCACUCCUUACAGGGGUCUUAUUUUCAUCAUGGUCUUCCUCCCACAGGACAGCCACAAUGUUGUUACUGCUGCACCGACCUGUGGUCCUUGGGCUUCGACAGGCCUGCAGACUCAGAUCAACUCCCUCCAGGCUCUGCAUUGGGGCCUGCUCUACAAAUGAUUCACGUCAACCCCAGCACCCCAGCCCCAGCUUCUCUGGUGAUUACUCCAGCACUAGAGGAUGGAAAGCCAUGGGGACCCUAAUAGGUCUUGGUGCAGUGUUAGCCUAUCAUGAUCAUCGGUGUAGGGCUGCUCAGGAGUCACCACGCAUGUACACUAAGGAGGAAGUGAGUUCCCACAGCAGCCCUGAGACUGGGAUCUGGGUAACUCUGGGCUCUGAGGUCUUUGAUGUUACAGAAUUUGUGGAUCUACAUCCAGGAGGUCCCUCAAAGCUGUUGCUAGCAGCUGGGGGUCCUCUAGAACCUUUCUGGGCCCUCUAUGCUGUUCACAACCAGCCUCAUGUGCAUGAGUUACUGACCAAGUACAAGAUUGGGGAGCUGAACCCUGAGGACAAUGUGUCCCCAACCUUGGAGACCUCUGAUCCUUAUGCUGAUGAUCCUAAGCGUCACCCAGCCCUGAAGGUCAACAGCCAAUGCCCCUUUAAUGCAGAGCCUCCCCCUGAGCUGCUGACGGAAAACUACAUCACACCCAACCCUAUCUUCUUCACCCGGAACCAUCUGCCUGUACCUAACCUGGACCCAGAUACCUAUCGUUUACAUGUAGCAGGGGCACCUGGAUAUCAGUCAUUGUGCCUAUCCCUGGAUGACUUGUACAAGUUUCCCAAACAUGAAAUCACAGUCACUCUGCAGUGUGCCGGCAACCGGCGUUCUGAGAUGACUCAGAUCAAGGAAGUAAAAGGUCUGGAGUGGAGGAUGGGGGCCAUCAGCACUGCACGCUGGGCUGGGACACGGCUCUGUGAUGUGUUAGCCCAGGCUGGUCACCAGCUGUCUGACACUGAGGCCCAGGUCUGCUUUGAAGGACUAGACUCUGACCCCACUGGGACUGCCUACGGAGCAUCCAUCCCUCUCGCUCGGGCCUUGGAUCCUGAGGCUGAGGUCCUGCUGGCAUAUGAGAUGAAUGGGCAGCCUCUGCCUCGUGACCAUGGCUUCCCUGUGCGGGUGGUGGUUCCUGGUGUGGUAGGUGCUCGCCAUGUCAAAUGGCUGGGCAGAGUGAGUGUGGAGGCAGAAGAAAGUUAUAGCCACUGGCAGCGGCGGGAUUAUAAAGGCUUCUGUCCAUCUGUGGACUGGGACACUGUAGAUUUUGACUCAGCUCCAUCUAUUCAAGAACUCCCGGUCCAGUCAGCCAUCACAGAGCCUCGGGAUGGGGAGACGAUAGAGUCGGGGGAUGUGACUGUCAAGGGUUAUGCAUGGAGUGGUGGUGGCAGGGCGGUGAUCCGGGUUGAUGUGUCUCUGGAUGGGGGGCUAACCUGGCAGGCAGCUGAGUUGGAUGGAGAGGAACAGCGUCCCAGAAAGGCCUGGGCCUGGCGUCUGUGGCGGCUGCAAGCCCCUGUGCCCGCUGGGCAAAAGGAAUUGAACAUUAUUUGUAAGGCUGUGGAUGAUAGCUACAAUGUGCAGCCAGACACUGUGGCCCCAAUCUGGAACCUGAGAGGUGUGCUCAGCAAUGCCUGGCACCGUAUCCAUGUUCAUGUUGUCCCGUGAUAGUGUGGAAUGAACCCUUCUAUACCCUAGAACCACCAAACUCCACCCAUCCUGUGGCCUCACUGUCACAAAAACCUUUCUCUGCUCUCCACUUCUUGGGUCACAACCCCACACUGUGCCUUUAUGAGCCAUACUCAGGGACACAGAUUGCAUUUCAACCCAGGCACCUUCUUUGACACUAUGUUACAUAUCCCUCUUGGCCCCUGAUCCUGUGCGGGAGGAGAGCUGUUGGAGCAAAGGGCUAGAGGUGGGCAGAGCAAUUUCUGGAGACAAGCACUGUCUUUUUUUUCCAUCCCAAUUCACCUCUACUUCUGCCCAUUGCCAUCCUAGGCUUUAUUUUGCUCUUCUCAAAUUCUUCAGAGAAUGUGUGUGGUAUAAGAAAAAUACUACUUUCCAUUGCUUUGUGUUGCCAGGGGAUUGUGAGGGACAUCGAGGGCACAACCCUCUGUUUAUAACUCUACUCUUUGUAAAUGCAUCAAUAAAAUUGACUUUGGCCUCUUGGGCCCCUGG